UAUGACGUAUGGGUUCAGAGGUCGUAAACACACGCCUACAUUAUUUUUCCCUCAUGGUGGACUAUCGUUGUUUAUUAUUGUUCCGAUGUAAACCUAGUUAGCUAUAGCUAUAUGUGUAUCUGUAUGUGACUGUGUGGGAUUUACGGCGUAAUUGUACCGUCUUUGCUAUAAUGAAAUAGAUGUCAGAGGUCACAACCUAUUCACUAGCUACUCUUGUAUUUGAGCUUGUUAGCUUGUGAUGCUAGCUAGCUUACAACUAUAGCUGAGAGAAAUGAAGACCUCCAACGGUAACACCAGUAUCAUGGACAUGUUUGAAAAGGGAAAGGUCCUAAAAAUAUGUGCUCCAAUGGUUCGAUAUUCAAAGCUCGCAUUCAGGUCCUUGGUGAGGAAAUACAACUGUGAUAUCUGCUUCACCCCGAUGAUAGUUGCUGCUGACUUCCUGCGAUCUGUCAAAGCCAGAGACAGUGAAUUCACCACCAAUGAUAGUGACCGGCCCCUGAUAGUGCAGUUUGCCUCCCAUGAUGCCCAGACUCUGGCUGAUGCAGCCUGUGUGGUGGCACCUUUCUCAGAUGGAGUUGACCUCAACUGUGGCUGUCCCCAGAGAUGGGCUAUGUCAGCAGGGUUUGGUGCAUGCCUCAUUAACAAGCCUGAACUUGUCAAAGACAUGGUCAGACGUAUCAGAAACCAAGUGGACAAUCCCAAUUAUACAGCGUCCAUCAAAAUAAGAAUUCACAAGGACCUGAGGCGGACAGUGGAUCUGUGCCAGAAGGCAGAAUCAGCAGGUGCGUCAUGGAUAACGGUCCACGGCCGCACAGCAGAAGAACGCCACCAGCCAGUUCACUAUGAUGCCAUCAAGACAAUCAAAGACAGCGUAUCCAUCCCUGUCAUUGCUAAUGGGGACAUAAAGUACCUGCGUGAUGUGGAGUCGACUCACCAGCUUACUGGUGUCAAUGGUGUGAUGGCUGCGCGGGGUUUGCUUGCUAACCCUGCUAUGUUCUCUGGCUAUGAGGAUACUCCUUUGGAGUGUAUAUGGGACUGGGUGGACAUCGCUGUAGAGCAGGGCACUCCCUUCACCUGCUUCCACCACCAUCUGAUCUACAUGCUGGAGAGGGUCAGCUCCCAGCCUGAGAGAAAAGUUUUCAAUUCUCUAUCCAGUACAUCAGCUGUAAUAGAUUACCUCCAGAACACAUACGGGUCAGUGGAUGAUCUGGGAUCAGGAGAAUAUACCGGAAGCUGGGCUGUAACCAUGCAACUGGUCCAAUCUGCCUCUGAUUGGCUAGUAAGCUACUCACUGCCGGGGUAUCGUGAACAGAAAGGUAGAAGCAUAGAAACUUUCCUCUGGUUGAUUUCCAAAGAUAACUAUAAUUACUCUGUUUUAGUCAGCAUUUUUGGUGAUUUGCUGGUUUCGUGUCUAUCUUUGUCCGGUUUUUUUCAGAGGACCUCACUAGAGAUGACGCUGCAAUGGACUGCUGUGGCCCUCUUUCUCUACGUAGAGAUGGGCAUUCUUGCCCUCCUCUGUUUACCCUUCAUCUCAGCCAGGAGGUGGCAGAGCAUUUUCCAGCUGAGGAUCUGGAGCUGUGUUGCAAGGUUCUGGAACAGAGUGUUUUACACAAUGAUCAUAGUACUCAUUGUUCUCUUCUUUGAUGCAGUGCGAGAGGUGAGGAAAUAUUCAGCUAAAGAACUCGGCGCAGAUGCCAGGCUGCAGCCAAACAUGUUUGAUCACCUGCACAUGAAGCUGUUUAGAGCCCAGAGGAACCUCUACAUCUCCGGCUUCGCUGUCUUCCUCUGGCUGGUUAUGAAACGAGUGGUCACGUUGAUUAACCAACUGGCAUCAAUGUCUGGCACUACAGCUGCUCUUCAGGCGCAGGCUGAGAAUGCUGAUCAGGUUGCCAAGAAAUACAAAGAGGACAAAGAGCUGCUGGAACAGGCUCUGAUGACAGGCAAAGGUGAUAAGGCUAUCGCAGAGGGCAUGCAGCUGUUAAGAAAAGAAGUGGAGAAACUUGAAGAAGAACUGAAGACCUCAGGAGAUGCGCUGAAGAACUCCAACUUAGAGGCAGAUGCGGUGAAGCGGCAGAUGGACGGCCUCGCCAGGGAGUACGAAAGACUGCUGAAAGAACAUCAGGAGCUCCAGAAUCUUCACGACAGUGGAAACAAAAAGGACGACUAGUUCUUGUAAAAGCCUUCUUAAGUGUUUACACAGCAAAUUAGCUCAAUCCCGAGGGAGCCACUGCCACACAUGCUUUACCUUCAUAUAACACCUUGUGUCAUAGUGCAAAUCAUAAAAACCAGGAUUGGCUCCUCUGAGA